AUGCGCCCUCCCACCUCUCUCCUCCGCCGCGCAUCCCGGGCCCCUGUCGCCGCGAAUCCUCUCCGAUGCCAAUGCCUCUCUACCACCUCCCAAGCCCGCGCAACGGCAGCAGCAGCCAAUGGGUCCCCAGACAGUAGUAGUAGCAGCAGCAACGCCGCCGGCAAGAUCCCCAAGCGCAAGCCGCUCACCCAGGCCCAGAAAGACUACCUCUCCUCCGCCGUACGCAAAACAUCCCUCCUUUCUUCUUCUCCUUCUUCUCCUGCUGUUCCGACGGGCGAGCUCGCAGCCACCCUCAUCUACGCAGGCCAGAUGCCCCCGAUCCUGCGCUCCCACCCGCACCUCCGGCCCCUGAUGCAGCACAUGUACGACCAAGAGGCCGGCCACCUCUCGACCUUCAACGCCCUGAUCGCCAAGCACCGCGUCCGCCCGACGGCCCUGUACCCGCUGUGGUCCGCCCUCGCCUCGGGGCUGGGCUGGUCCACCGCCGUCAUGGGCCGCGAGGCCGCCAUGGCCUGCACCGAGGCCGUCGAGACCGAGAUCGGCACGCACUACAACGAGCAGAUCCGGACCCUGCUCGAGAUGGUCGGCGAGUGGGAGGCCCAGGGCUACGACGUCGGCCCCGAGUUCACGGACCUCAUCGGCACGCUGCGGAGGAUACGCGACGAGGAGCUCGAGCACCUCGACCACGCCGUCGAGCACGACGCCAAGAAGGCCGAGCCGCACUGGCUGCUGACAGGCGUGAUCCGGGCUGGCUGCCGGGGCGCCAUCUGGGUUAGCGAGCGAUAUUGA